UUUCUUUUUUUUGUGUAAUUUUUUUUCUAGGCAGAGGAAAUUUUUUUCUAGUUUUUCUAGGGUUUUUUGCAAUUUUUGAAAAUACGUUGGCUAUUGUUCCGUUUUUUUCUUUUUUUCUCUGCUACUCUCUCCCAUUUUUUAACUCUCUUAUUUUUUCUUUUUUUCUCUCACCAUCUCUCUCAUUUUUUCACACUAUUUUCGUUUAGACUGAAAUUUUUGUAUUUUCUUGGAAUUUCGAUUAGGAAAUUUUUUUCAAAUUUAGAUAAAUUAAAUUAAUGUGCAAGACAAAAGUAUAAUAAUGAAUAAAUCAAUUAUUUUCAAUCCAAACAAUCACGAUCUCCACUGUUUUUUGGUGACUAAAAUUUCUGCUUGGAAGGGAAAAUACAAAAGAAUAUUUUCUGUAGGCAAUUUGGCAAUAACUACAUACAAUCCACAAUCUUUGGAAAUUACAAAUCAAUGGCUUUACGAAGACUUCUUUUCAAUUAACGUCGUUAACGAACGUCCACGUCAUUCCAGUGCUGAUUCUAGUGCAAAUACUCGACAUGAAGAUCAAUUUAACAUUCAGGUUCGAAAGAAAGGAGGCAAGUCAGAUUCUAUGCGGUUUUCAAGUGAAUUUGCACGUGAAAUUGUUACUGAAGCUCUGCGGUUUCAAAAUCGAUUUGCUUCUGAUAGGGCAGACCAAAAACCGAGAUUUCCUUGUCGAAAAAUUGGUUGGUCUGAAAAACCUCAAAAUUUAAUUUUGGAAGUUUCUGCCUGUUCAAUAAAUCAAUUGGAAGCAAAUACAAAUUCUUUGUUGAAAAAUUAUAAUUACAAGGAUAUUAGAUUAAUUAUUCCAUUAAAAGGAAGACAACAAGAUGCUUUUAUAAUUGAAUUGGGUGAACAAAGGAGAAGGGUAUUUUUUUGAAAUUUUUUUUUGAAUUUUUAGAAUUAUUUUUUGGGUGGUGGAAAAGGUUAAGAUCUAGUUUGUCUUUUCCAUUUUUAUUUUCCCCAAAAAUUUCUUUCCUCCGAUAAUUUUUCCCUAUAAACUCAUA